CCCUCUAUCAUUCCUCAUAAUCCCUUUCCCUUAUAAGCCCCCAAUAAACCCCUUCCCUUAUCUUUCUCUCUUCCCUUUUGCCCUCCUGAAUGGCAGACCCAAAAACCGAACCUUCUUCUUUAAUGCCCGACCCACCACCCGACUCCGAAGCCACCACCCACCACCUCACCAUCCCUCCCGGGUUGGCCCACGAUGAGUUCUGUGAGUUAAUCCCUGCCAUCACUCAGUUCCAUACCUACGCAGUGGGUCCAGGCAAAUGUUCUUCCUUAUUAGCCCAACGUAUCAACGCCCCACAUGACGUUAUUUGGUCCGUCGUCCGCCGUUUCGACAAACCCCAAACUUACAAACACUUCAUCAAAAGCUGUGCCGUCAAAGAAGGUUUCCAAAUGGUCGUGGGUUGCACGCGUGACGUCAACGUGAUCUCCGGGUUACCGGCUGCUACCAGUACUGAACGACUCGAUAUUUUAGAUGAUGAGCGACAGGUCACCGGUUUUAGUAUUAUUGGAGGGGAACACCGGUUGAGGAAUUACCGGUCGGUGACGACGUUGCAUGGUUUCAAGCGUGACGGGAGGAUCUGGACCAUCGUUUUGGAAUCUUACGUUGUUGAUGUUCCGGAAGGGAAUACGGAGGAAGACACGCGGCUGUUUGCUGAUACCGUUGUCAAGUUGAACUUGCAAAAGCUGGCGGCCGUCACCGAAGGGUUAGCGCGUGAUGGUGACGGUAAUAAUCACAUGUGAUGUGAAAAUGAAAAAAGAAAAAAAAAAAGAGAAAAUCCUUAUGGUCAAUAGAUUGACUGGAAUGUUGGUGUGGACUGUGGAUAAAUAUGGUAAGGGCGUUUAAGUCAAUGCAUUUGUACAUAAACGUUUUCGGUUGAACCAAUAUUAAUGCAUUUUGUUUUUUUUUU